CCACGAUGCGGUAAUGUCCAACAUUCAUGCUCUUUACAUGUAGAUUAUUGCCUGAACGGCAUGUUAGUCAAGAGACAUUUUCAAAGGUCCUUCGUAGACAGACUUUCCGCUACUGCCUGAGCCUUAUGUCUCGUCCUCAUCGUGUUGAUUGCCAAUUGGUUAUGUAACGUGAUAUGCUGCAGGUUACACAGCACAGCCUUGUUGUCUCCCAAAGAGGCCUCACAGUUGCAGCCCAUUCAACUUUACUAGAGAAGAGAUCCAUCAUCUCGUCCCUUGCACCUUAAUAGAGCAAAAAAUGGAAAAAGUCUGGUUCAAGCUCCGUCAAACCGAUUAUCCCCCUCCUCCAGAGGAUGCCAUCCUCCGCGGCGACGCCGAUGAUUCAGCUGCACCUCUCUGCCUAGGCCACUUUAUCUCCAAUCUCAAAACCCUCGACUUCCCUCUCAAUCCUGGCUCAAUCCUCCCCUUUCCCUCGCGCAUGCGCGUCUUUUGCAACGCCACUCUAAAUUUCACAUGGGAUGACACGAGAUUGAAAUCUCCAGGCACUAAUCUCGCUGCCGGCGCGCCGAUACUCGCAGCUACAGGCGUCACAGCCAAGGCCAGUCUGCAGCUUGCGUUUAUGAAGACUGUGGAGAGCCAUGAGGCGUAUGAUCGACUCGAUACAUAUAUAGUCCAGCCUACGAAGGGGUAUAUCGAGGAUUGUCUGGAGCAAAAUCAGUUGAAAGCCUGUGUCAAGGGAAAAGUGUCGUGGUCCAUGUUUAUGAUUACAGGCAUCAAAGUCGCCCGUGCGGGGAAGCGGGAAGCGCAAGAAGAGACCAACGUGGCAGCUGACAUUGGUCCAGAACUGGACCUGCCGUUGGUUGCUACAAUGAGAGCUACAGCAACUACACGCCGCAUCGGCUCGCAGCGAACUUCUGGAGAACAUCCUAGCGACUUCAUCUGGGCUAUCCGACUUGCCAAGAUCCACAAAGGUUUGCUGAUGAAAGACUGGUCAGUGGAUCCGUACACCAAGAGAGCUACAUUUGCAGAUGGUGGUGAAAACAACGUUGAUAUAGAGAGUGUCUUGCGAGGUGAAGGUCUAGAAGGAUUCAAGAUUAUUGAGGACGAGGAACUACAUGAAGCUGUCAUCUUUGACGAAAGCCUUAUAAACUAGUUUGAGAGAAUCAACUACACU